UACAUGGACGGAUGAAACAGAUGAGUUCAGGGAGAUUUUCCCCGUAAACAGAGUUCACUAACAUAAAUAGGCUGAGUUGUUUGGAGUUCCAAACCCGAAACUCCAAAGGUCAAGGAUGCGUGUCGUUUCAUCGUCUGACCUCAUCACGUGACCUAUGGAAGUGAUCAGGCGGGCGGCUGUGGCGGCCGUCACCAACGCCACCAGAAACCGGCGCGUCAAGCUCAACGUCGGCGGUGCCGUGUUCGAAACCUGGACGCACACACUUCUGAAGAAGCCGGGCACCAGACUGUCUCGUCUGGCCAGGAGUCUGGAGAAUGACGAGAGCUACGACGCCGAGAGAAACGAGUACUUCUUUGACCGACAUCCGGGCAUCUUCGCCACGGUCAUGCACUACUACCGUACGGAGGAGCUGCACACGGAUCACAAUAUAUGUGGGAAUAUUAUCAAAGGGGAGCUGGAGUUCUGGGGCCUGACCGAGCUGGACAUUGAGCCCUGCUGCUGGGGCCACUACAACCGGUUCAAGGAGAACAAGGAGACGCUGGCCGCCAUCGACGACAGCUUCACCUUCCAGCUGGACCCUGACGCCUUUGGGGAGAAGCUGACACCCUACAUGAUGUGGAAGAAGAAGGUCUGGGUCUUCUUGGAGGACCCGUCAUCGAGCAGGGGGUCACAGAUCUACGCCAUAACGUCCAUGUUCUUUGUGCUGCUGUCUAUCGCCGUGUUUGUUCUGGAGACCCACUACCUGUUCAGGACGCCUCUAGACGGCGUCAACGUCACAUCAUCAGACGCCAGCAGCACUUGUGGGAACACCUACUCCGCCCUCGGUACCUGCUGUUGUACACUCGGCCUCAACGAUGAGCUCAAGUACUCAGAGUCUGAACCUCACGACGCCAUGACCUACUUGGACUACAUCGCGGCGGGAUUUUUCACCAUCGAGUACGUGGGCAGACUUUUUUUCGCGCCUAAGAAACUGGAAUUCCUGCGCCAGCCUCUGAACCUCAUCGACAUCCUUUGUCUCCUUCCGCAUUUCGCGUCCAUCAUCAUCAAGUCCGUAGACCCCACGGAGAAAAGCUCCAACGUUAUAAAAGUCGUGUUGGCCUUGAGAAUUAUUCGCGUUUUGCGAAUCUUCAAGCUGAUGAAGCACUACACCGCUUUCAAGAUCUUAGUCUACACCAUCAAGGUCAGCGCCAAAGAGCUUCUCCUAAUGGUUAUUUUCCUCUUCACAGGAGUUCUUCUGUUCGCCAGCGUCAUAUUUUACGCUGAAAACUCCACCUUCACCAACAUUCCCAUCGGAUUCUGGUGGGCAUUGGUUACUAUGACAACAGUCGGGUACGGGGACAAAGUUCCCAGAACAGAAGCCGGGUACCUCAUAGGUUCCCUGUGCGUCCUGUGCGGGGUUCUGACCGUGGCGUUUACCGUCCCGAUCGUGGUCAACAACUUCACCCUGUACUACUCCCACGCACAGUCCCGGGUCAAGCUCCCGCCCCCCAAGCGCGAGGAGCUGCAGAAGAAGCUGAUCAUGAAAAACCACAAGGCGCAGGAGUUCAUCCAAAAACUGACGCAGAACGUGAAGAAGACGAAAACGUUCAACUCGCUACACACCCCGCGCGAGGCGGAAACGAGAGACGAUAACCCGUCCAUUGAUUCCGGGCUGGAAGAGUGCGUUUCCCCUGCCGACCACGAACACCGGAAGCUGGAAUCGAUGGAGUCGACGUCGACCAUGUGCUCGACCUUAUCGGAGAGGCCGAGCGUCAAAGACAGCCCCGUCCACCACGGCGGCUCCACCGUCCGCACGGUAUCCGCCAGCAUAGCGGAACUGGAGCUUGAGAUUCCUGGCACCCCGCAUGAUAUCGAGACGGUCCAGUCCCGCAGGAUGGAGACCGUCCAGCUGCUGACCGCCCUAGAGGACCGUGACGAGAGACUCUCCCAGGAGAGACGCCGACAGCUGGAGAGAAUGACGAGCCUGAUCGAGCAGAAGAAACAGGCCAGACAGAGCCCACGCGUGGCGCCCUCCCCCGGGGGAACCAGCCGACUCACGGUCAACCAGACGAUUAAGGUGGAGCCGAACAAAGUGAUCACCCAGCCCACAACCAACACCAUCACUGUCCGACCAGCCGCCUCCUUGUUUAAGCAACUCGCGGCUAAACGUCUUGACCGAUGAGAUCUUUGUGAUCAACUUUUGAACUAGAUUUAAACUUCAAUUAACUUGACCAAUGACAUAUCUUUGUGUAAAUUUGUUGAUCUAGAUUUAAACUUCAAUUAACUGGACCAAUGAUACAUCUUUGUGAAAAUGUGUUGAUCUAUAUUUAAACUACAAAUCCUUUAUCAACUCAUUCUGUCUAGGGUUUUGUUAUGAACUGUUGAAAUGUUGGCAUAUUCCUUUCACCCGUUAUAUGUAAAUAUCACAUACCCGAGCCAUUAUUUGAUGUAACUCAACAUCCAUCCUUUCAAAUAUGUUUGCUAGAAGCAACUCAGCAGCCACACAUUUGUUGUGCUUGCAGAAGCUCAGCAUACAUCCAAUCAUCGUGUUUGCGUGUAGAAACACAACAUACAUUCCAUCACAGUGUUUGCGUUUUGAAGCACAACAUACAUUCCAUCAUAGUGCUUGCGUGUAAAAGCAUAAUGCAUCUCUGCAUACGCCACAUUCCUCAAUAUUUAAACACAA